AUGAGUGAUGUUUAUGGUCAUUCACGCUGUAACAUUACCGCACUGGGGACUGGCGGCAACGAUGGCUGCUUCACCCCAAGGAACCCAUUGCAGAUCAGCCCAUGCCGGAUCAGAGUGUGUGACGAUAAAUCCACCAUAUACGCUGUCAACUCCCUACUCGAAAACACGUUCGUGGAGAAUGUGGAACAGUCGCCCCUGUUCAAGCGAGGCUGGGUCUUCCAGGAGAGCGUCCUGUCCUCGCGAGCGGUAUACUUUGGAGCUCCCCAGCUCUUCUGGGAAUGUCGUCGUCAAGCCUUUGCCGAGUCGUGGCCGCUCAAGACCGACACGCCCCGAGUGCAACAACGCCUCACCGAGCCUACCUUGCGAGCCACCGGGGACACCCCCUUUUCCUCCAAGACAGUCUUCGAGGCGCUCUGCAACGCCGAAGAACAGCAGCACACGUUUCCCUCCUUCCUCGCCUGGGAAAAGAUCGCAAAGACCUUCAUCGGCACCUCCCUAACCUUUACCUCCGACCGCCUUUUCGCCAUGGCCGGCAUCGCCCGUACCAUCGAGCACUUCCGCUCCUUCACCUACGUCACCGGAACCUGGCGCGAGCUCUACCCGCUUGACCUUCUCUGGCGCUUCACCCGCGAGCUGGGCGAGCGAAAGAACAUCGUCUCAGGCUCUAAUGCCCCCUCGCGGUCGUGGGCCGCCAAGGAACUCGACAUGCAGGAAUUGUUGAAGAACAUUGCGGAAAGCGAAAAGAACACACAACGUCCCGCUCACUGGGAUGGGAAUAAGCGGUUUCUGGUUGAGUCGGUCACUGGCGUCGCUUACCUCUCCCAGCUUGUCGAGUUCCCUGAUCCCCCGUUUGAGUCGAAGUACAGGCCUGAUAAAGAGGGGGAGAUCACGAUUGUUCUGAAGGGCCAUGUGCGCAAGGGCCUGGUGAAGACGGAGCUGGAUGUCCAGAGCUACCCGGAGGAGGGUCGACUGUCUACCGGCGUCGGAACGGAGGCCGCCAUCGUAUCCUCAGAUCUCGUGUAG